AUGGUUUACAGCGAGCAAGUGGAUGGUGUCUUUCGCAUUGCUUGUGGAAGUUUCGGUGCUAAAGUGUCCAAGGGAAAGUUUGUAUGCAAGCCUUUUCGUGAUUGGAACAAGAAAGGAGAAAAAGCAAGGGAGCACGAGCAGUGCUUAUACAAUCAUCAAGCCAUUGAGCAAGCUGAUAACUUUAAGCAAACCUUGGAGAAUCCAGAUACUACCAUUACUGCACAGUCGGAAACCCUCAGGGCGGCCAAUGUCGCGCGUAAUCGUGCUGUCCUGAAGUCCAUGGCUUCCGCUGUGUUGUACUGCGCCAGACAGUGUAUUGCUUUACGUGGAGACGCAGAGAGUGUGGAAUCACCUGGAAAUCCAGGUAAUUUUCUUUCUUUGCUGAGGCUUCUGGCAGUGCACGGCGAAGAUUUAAGAAGGCACCUGGAAAUUCCUGCAAUGCGAUGUGCAACUUAUCUUUCUCCUCAAACACAAAAUGAGCUGAUUAAAGUCAUGAGAAACCACAUCCUCUUACAGGGAAUAAUAGGUGAUUUGACAGCUGCGCCCUUUUACGCCAUCCUUGCUGACGAGGUAACUUCGCAUAACGUUGAGCAUCUUGCCAUCUGCGCUAGAUUUGUUGACAUAAGUACUAAAAAGAUUGCAGAUGUUAUCUUCGGCUUUUUGGAAGAGAAUAACAUACUACUUGCUACUAUGCGUGGUCAGGGCUACGACGGCGCAAGCAACAUGUCUUCAGAUCGAGUGGGUGUGUCCAGGCCAGGAUUAGACAUAAAGCUCCUUUAG